AUGGCGACAAAGCAUUCAACGUUGACGGCUGUUGCGACCAAUCCAUCUCUUGUUUGCCAUCGCGUCGGACCACACGCAGCGGUCAAGACUCUACAUACGGGUGUCAUACGAGCUCAAGCCGUCGAAGUCGCCAAUUCUUCGCGUUCAGCGACGUCCCGGUCACCGGCACAUUCCGAAUCGCUCGUCGAGAUUGCUCGUCGCGCUCAGAGCAUCGUCGAUCCCAAUUUCCAAGUGUUAGGCUCAGAAUGGAACAACAGGGUAGAAUCGCUCGUCCGUAAGGCGCAAACUUCGGGUGCCACCGUCGAUUACGGCCGGCUUCCCGUCCGUGUCGUCGUCGUCGGCUCGUCGCUCAGCCAAACACAGCAACUCUUGGCUACUAUGAUCGACGAGCCUCUCCGUGAGAACAUGGCGACUCAGUCCAGCGAGGCAGAAACAGUCUUGGCCGCCUUGGCCCAGUCGACCCCAUCCCAGUCUUUCACCAUCAAGUACGCACCCGGCCCUGUACAGCUUCUGAUCGGCCACGGCGUCACAUUGGAUCGUCAUUGGCUCCAACAAUCUAACCUUGAGAUCACCCUUCUCAUCGACCCGGCCCCCACCGAGACCACCUACGAUCUUCUCUACGACAGCGAGGCUGUUCUGUUUGUCACGGACGACUACGCGCUCAGCCGCUCAGCGCACAGACCCCGCAGCACCGGCGAGCGCGCCGAUAUCACCCACGAGCUUCUUUCGCGCUUCGCCGCCAAGCCCAACGUCCAUCUCGUCGUCAAUGCCAUUCUCGGAUCGGAUCCUAGCCAAGUUAUGGAUGGUAUCGAAGCAGCAGCGGGCGCUUCCGUGUCCGAAAUCGUCGCGCCUAACCUCAUUCCGGUUCGCAUCUCGGAUGCGUUGGCUGCCAACGCGGCGCUGAGAAAGGCACUUGGCGACCAGGAGUCGGCUUCACCUUCCAACGCAUAUUGGAAUAACUUUAGCACGCUGUACCAACGCUCCAACGUUGGAUCCGUCAAUGAUCUCAUCCAGAAUUUGGAAUCACGUCAAGCGUCUCAAGCACUGAUCACGCAAUCAGCCACCUUUCUACUUCAGCAUUUCCUCGACGAAUCGCUGGCCACCGCCACGCACAAUUUGUCCACCUUGCAACAACUACGCUCUCUGGCAUCCGAAGCCCAGGAAAAGCAGAGUGCGACGCUCAAACAGUCGCUCGAACGCAUCUGGCCACCGGCUACUGCCUAUACUGGCCAACUCUCGCACGACGAGAUCAACGUCUGGCGUCCGGCCUCGCCUGGUUCCCAAAGCGCCGUCGACCAAGCUAUGCAGCAGACGGACGAUGUGAUCGAGUCGACGUUCAACUCGAAGCUGCAGUGGUGGAAGUUGAUCUGGAAGGUCGACGAUGUGCGCAAGGAGCUCGAGACGGCUUGUGCUGGCUUUGCCGCCUCACUCGAAUCCGACUUGGCGUAUGAAUCCGGUCGACUGGCUACGCUGCAAGUUGAGCAGGUGAGGGCGGCGGACCGACUGCUGACUCGGUUCCAGCAGCUGGCGCAGCAGCUCAGUCCCAGCAUCGCUUCUGUUGGUCGCGAUGCCGCACUGGUGACAAACGAAGCUGAGGCGUACCGGUCGUCCCAGCUACGCACCAUCGAGCCGUCGAGCCUGAUGGAGCCCAUCCAUCGCCGGCGUACGCAGUUGCUCGAGAGCGGAGGUCCCAUCGACAUGCUUGCUUCGAAAUCGCGCAACUUGGCCGUAACUAGCUCAGCCGCCGUCGCUGUCACCGCGGCCGGAGUCGGGUCAGCAAGCGUGCUCGGCUCGUCGCUGGGCCUGGUUGACGCGUCGUCGGCAGCACUCGCACUCGAUCCCAGCACCGGGCUCGGUUUGGGCCUCCUGACCCUCACGUUGGUCGGAUGGAGGAUGCAGGGCCAGUACAACAAGUUCCGCCGUCGCUUCCGCGAGGAUUGGCAGCGCUUCUCCGAGGGACUCGACCAAGAUCUCAAGGGCAACUUCGAGUCUGUGCUGCGCCAGCAGAUCACCGGGCCUUCCAGUGUCGUUUCUUCGCGUAUCCUCUCUCUGACCCAGCAGUGGGGUUCCCAAGUGCACCAGCAGGAAGCGCACAUUCGAAGGGUUGCUGCCGAAAUGGUUCAGCCACACGACCCAUCACAGGCCAGACGAGAUGCAUCGGUGCACGACUCGCUCUGA